UAUCUACAAAAAAAAAAAUACCGUUAAAAACAAAUUUUUCAAAUUAUUAAUUCAAUUAUUCUAGAAAGAAGAGGAAGAAGAAUUAAUUCACCUCAAAAUAUUUUUAAAAAAAUUUAAUUCAUAUUUUUGCUAAUUCGAUUUUUUUCAAGAAUAGUGUUUUUUAUUUCGUAAAAGUAAACAAAAUCUAUGUGUCGCAAAAUAUUGUGCAUUAAAAAUAAAGACGUCACGAAUUUAAUAAAUAUGAAGAAAAACCCUUUGAUUUCUUCUUUUUUAUGAUAAUAUUUUUCAACAUGGAUGGAGACGAUGAUGACAAGACAACUUAUCCUGAUGCGCUUUUUAAGAUAAACAAACUCUUUCAUUAAAAAAAAAAGAGAAGAGAAAUUAUAGCAAAUUUAUUAUAAUAAAAUUAGAUUUUUUUUUUGGAAAACGAAAAAAAAAAUUCUCCACGUUUCAAGGAUUUUGAAGUUGAUAUAAAUAAACGUUGCGGUGAAAUACGAUUCAUCUGUGGGAGCAUUCCUCAAAGAAGAAUUUCUCACUGCAAAGUGAAAACCACGCGUGCAGUUUUCUUGAGUUUUUUUUUUCAAAGUGUAAGUGCAAAAAUUAAAAAAUGGCAACUACGGAAGUUUUUCAAGAUUGGGAAUCACCACAUGAUAUAACUUCAGUUACAAGGAAAACAACAAGAAAAACAACAACCACAAAGACUACAAGAAGAUAUGAUCCAAAUAGUACAAAUGAUGACAGUUGGGGUGAUGAUAAUGAAAAUGAUAAAAAUAAAAAAAAUGAGACAUCCGCAUCGACAAAAACAACCACCAUGACGACAGCGGCAAAGCUGUAUGGAAAAGAUUUGAGCGAAUAUGACGACGUCGAUGUCGAUGAAUUGCUGUCACAGCUAACACCUGAGGAAAUUAAUAUACUUGCCAAAGAAGUAGAUCCUGACGAUAGUUUUAUGCCACCUUCUCAACGCUGCAGUUACGAAUGUGACAAAAGUCCUACGGGGCCGCUGAAUCGAAAAAAACUUAUCGAACACAUUAAUAAACAGGCCUUGGAAACGCCAGAUAUUCCAGAACUUAAACCCUUCGUACCUGGAGUCAUCAGAGGGAAGAAAUGGGUGCCCCCGCCACAAGACAAUAUAAAAGAAAAAGAAGCAGAAGAACAAAUUGCUAUUGACCUUGGUGACGAAUAUGAGCAAGCAUUGUCGUCUGCUACUCAGGAGGAAAUCAUUGAUCUUGCUGCCAUUCUUGGAUUUCAUUCAAUGAUGAAUCAAGAUCAGUAUCAUGCAUCUCUUUUAAAUUCGGGGCAACCUGUUGGUAUGGGUUGGGAUGGAAUAACAAAAGCCAGUCAACCAAAAGUUUAUCCUGUAGAUCCUCCAAAUGACACAGAUGUCGAUGAAACUAUAAGGAAGGUUCGAGAAGAUAAUCCUUCGUUACAAGAAUUGAACUGGAAUAAUAUUAAGAAUAUUUCAGAUGAAAAAUUCAUUCAAUUAUUCGAAGGAUUGGAAAUGAAUUCACAUCUUGAAUCCUUGAGUUUGACGAAUGUUGGACUUACAGAUAAGACUGGCCAAAGAUUAGCAGAUGCUAUCGAGAAAAAUUCUACCCUUAGAGUUCUCAAUGUUGAAACAAAUUUUAUUAAUCCGCCUGUGAUAGUUAAACUUGUCAGAGCUCUUCUCAAAACAAAAUCCAUUGAAGAAUUCCGGUGUUCGAAUCAGAGGUCACAAGUAUUGGGCAAUAAAAUUGAAAUGGAAAUCACACAACUUGUAGAGCAGAAUCCAUCGUUAUUGCGACUUGGUCUUCACCUUGAAUUCAAUGAUGCAAGACAUCGAGUAGCUGCUCACCUUCAACGUAAUAUCGAUAGGAUCUGUCGUGUGGAAGCUUUGGCACGUGCAAAAUCUCUAGCAAACGGUGCAGGUCCUGGCACCUUCUCCAUUCUUCCCGAAGAUGCUCUAAAAAACCGAACGUAGCGCUGAUUUGGCGCAUACGGCAGUCCCGGCUCGAGGUGGCAACAUCUUAAUGUGAUGAGGCGCUUUGCCUAGAUCGGGAUCGUCGCAUGGGAAGGCUAUCUCGUAACAACACCAUUGGCUGGGUCACACAAUAAUAAUAAUAAUAUCUUUAUAGAAGACAGUCUACAACGGGGAUUUUGAUCGUGUCGAUCAAACUCAUUAUCAUUAAUAAUUUUGCGACAUUGCUUGUUUUUUAGUAAACAUGCAGCACGAAUGCAAGAUCGGAAUAUUCUUAUCUCAUAAAUCAUGUCCAGAUAAUUUACCUUUUAGGAGAUCAUCGAAAAUCGGGUAAAAUGGCCUAUACAAUGAGUUUUUUUUUUUUUUUUUAAGUUUAUUUACGUUGAAAAAAGGGAUUUAAAAACUCUUAAGUAAAAAUGAAUAAUAAUAUUUAAGAAGCGUUUUGUGUAUAUUUUGAUAGAAAAUUUCUUUGAGUCCUUUUAUAUAUAUGUAGUUUAUAAAGUUUUUAUAAACAAGUGGUGAAAAAUAGAAAAAAAAGUAAACUAAAAAUAGUUAAAAACAAAAAAAUAGAUAUAAUUGGUAUCUAGUGUAAAAAUUGUUCUAUAAUUGACUUAAAAAUUUUCUAUCAAAAAUUUGAAUAAUUCAUUUUUAUGGCCUAGAUGGAAAUUUAUUUUUUCUUUUUUUUUUUAUUGAGUUUUUAAGCAAUUUUUGCAACGCGCAAAUGGCGGCAGAGAGAAAAGGAUGAGACGCAGGAAGAAGACGACGACAUGCAACCAACAGAAACUUCCGGUUAUAUACAGAGAAUCUCGGUUGGUGGGAAUACGGUUAUUGAAUUUCCGUCGAGAGGAAUAUUUUACACGAUAAACUACGGAGAAAAUCGUUUUUAAAUUCCUUUGUCAAAAGAAUUUUCACAGCUAAAUUUUCUUUUUUUUUUGACAAUAUUCAAUAAGGAAUUAAUUUGCGAAAAAAUAUAAUUUUUUUUCAAUCAAAUUUUUUUUUUGAAAUUCUAUUUCGAAAUGAUAUCAAUAAAUAAUACUAACCGCUAAACGAAGAAUGAAAUAUGUAAAUCUGCCUAUCGCUGUGUGUAGUCGUUGUGAAGCACGGUUCUGGGUUAACUUCCGGUUGCCUGGCCACGGAUUCAUGGAUACCAGAAGUGUCGUUUUCCAGCAGGAUAAACCGCGAAAUCCGUUCCUACCUGGUACGACCACUUCCUGUAUUUCCACGUUGGUAAUGUAGUGCGCCUUCUUCUCAUCGUCUCUCUUUUUUUUCACCAGGACUUUCUCGUUGAAUCUCCUGAAAAUAAAAAAACACUUCUUGUACAUUUUUAUCAAAAAAAAAAAAAAAAAAGAAAGUAUUAAUCUGCUGCAUCGUUUUAAUUUCGUAUUUCAUUCAACCGUCGUAGAGUCUAUUUUCAAUAAUUUUUAAUUCUCCUCUUUUUUUAUAAAAACGAUGAUCGACAUUUUUUUGGUCGUGAUCUUUUUUUUAAUUGUACACGUAUUAAAAUCACAAUUUAGUCUAGCUAGAAAAAAAAAUUACGCUAGUAAAAGAGAAAUAUUGACAUCUUCCCCUUCCCCUCUACUUUUUACUUUAUUGUAAAGCUGUAAUUUUUUUUUUUUAAUUACAUUUUUUUUUUAUCUAAAAAUCGGUUUUGUCAUUGUCAUUAAUUUUUUUUUAGUUACAGUGAUAAAAUUUUGUUGGAUAAAAUUUAAAAUUUUGUAAUUUAAAAAAAAAGAUAUAUAUAUAUGUUACAUUUAGGAAACUGAACGUGAAUGUCCUUCGCUAACUCUUAUUCCUGCCAAAAGCGCGAUAUUUUAGAAUAGUUUUAUCGUGAUGUAAGAAAUCUGAAUCGAAGAUACAUGUAUGUUAAUUAUUAUUAUUAUUACUAUUAUUACUAUUAUGAUUAUUAUUAUAUAAUUAAUAUAUUGCAAUUCUUAUUCUAAUGCUAUGUAGACUGGUUAAGUGAAUUGAGUUUCGACAAUUGAUAAAAAUAUUAUUAACUUAAUUUAAGUUACGUUUUUUUUGUAAUAUACUUCGAUUUUUAUUUUUAUUUUAAAUAUUCAUAGAGUGGAAUAUUUAAAUAAAAAAAUAUUUUAUUUAAUUUAAUUCAAUUUUUUUGAAACAAUUUUUUGUUUGAAAAUUUGUUUUUAUUUUAUAUUUUUUGCAAAUUUUUUUUUUUAAUUUAUCAUAUUUUUUUUUAAAAUGAAAUAUGAUUUUGUUUUUAAUAAAAAGAUUCGUUUUAUUAUCAAUUUUUAUCACUGGCUUUAUUCACUUGACCGUCAGUAUAAACUACUGAACUAUUUACGCACUAAUAAUAAGCGAUUUAAUUGUACAUAUUAUCGUCUUAAUACGAUCGUUUCGAUUAUUAUGGAGCACAUAUUAGUUUAAUAUAUAUAUAUAUAUAGAUAUGUAUAAGGUUGCAAGUUAUAAAAAUUUGAAUGGUGUAAGAAAGAAAGUAAAAAAAAAACACACACACUUAUAUCACAGUAAACAAUUUAUUAUAAAUGUUUUAAAAUGCAUAUUGCAAUUGUUUAUUUCAGACCGUCUUAUAUUUUAGUAUGGAAAGAGUGACAUAUUGGAAGGUGGAAAAAAAAAUGAUAGAAAAAAAAAAAUAGUAGCAUUGUUAUAGUAUUGCAAAUUGGUUAUGCUCACAUUUUCAUAUAAAUGCACGCACACGAUCAAAAAGCCUUGCUGCUAGCUUAUCUUGUAACACGAGAUUUAAAUAAAUUUUCAAAAUUCAUAAA